UAUCUGAGCUUUUUUACUGAAAGUAAUAAUAUCAUUCGAUAUUUUAAAAAAAAUCUGUUUCUGGGUUAUGUUUUUCGAUUCAAAUUGUUUGUGGGGUUUGUUUAAAUUUCCGAAAUUUAUGUAAAAAAUUGUGUUUUUUUUUGAAAAUUUUAUAUAAAAUCUUGAAAAGAUAAUAUAGUAAUAAUAAUAAUGGAGAAAAGUGAAGGAAGUGGGGAUUUGAAUAAUUUCCCUCCGAAAAAGAAUCUUGCACGGCAGCUGGAUUUCAAUACCGUCGUUGGCGGCGGUGCCAGUGUACCGGCGCCGCCACCUGUCUUGCCGGAGCACCAUCAGCGGCCGGUAGGUAUGCCAGUUCAACACUCCGUACCACCGCCGCCACUGCCGAAUCAGUUUCAUAUGCAGCAACAAUCUUUAAGGCCUUUGAAACCUGAAUCUCCAAAAGCCAGACCAAGGCAAACUGUUGAAGUAAAAGAUGGUACUCCAAAGAAGCAAAAGCAGUGCAAUUGCAAACACUCACGGUGCUUGAAAUUAUAUUGUGAAUGCUUUGCCGCGGGGGUAUAUUGUGAUGGUUGCAAUUGUAUCAACUGUCAUAACAACGUUGAAAAUGAGUCUGCUCGGAGAGAUGCUGUGGGAACUACUUUGGAACGCAAUCCAAAUGCUUUUAGGCCAAAAAUUGCCAAUAGCCCUCAUGGAAAGGGUGAUAAUAGGGAAGAAAGCGGGGAAGUUGUAAUACUUGCAAAGCAUAACAAAGGAUGUCAUUGCAAAAAAUCAGGAUGCUUGAAAAAAUACUGUGAGUGUUUCCAAGCCAACAUUCUUUGCUCUGAGAAUUGCAAAUGCAUGGACUGCAAGAACUUUGAAGGAAGUGAAGAACGACAGGCUCUGUUUCAUGGAGAGUCUGCUAGUAACAUUGCAUAUCUUCAACAGGCAGCAAAUGCUGCCAUCACUGGUGCUAUUGGAACCUCGGGUUACGGGGCGCCACCAGUUUCCAGGAAGAGAAAAGCCCCAGAACUUAUCUUUGGUGGGCCUGCUGCAAAAGAUCCGGCUUUUAAUAGGCUGUCUCAAUUUCAGCAGACUAAUCAUGUCAAAGCUUCGGCUCCUUUGUCCCCAUGGCCUUCGGUUCCUGGUACGGGUGUUGUUAACAAUGCACAUAUAGGCCCUUCCAAAUUUGUGUACCGGUCUCUGUUAGCAGAUCUUAUUCGUUCCAGUGAUAUGCAAGAGCUUUGUGCUGUUUUGGUGGUUUACGCAAACGAAGCAGCCCGGGUAUUUACAGAUGAAAGAAAUGUGAAUGACAAUGUGACAUCAAACAAUAAUGAAGAAAUCCCGAAGGCAUCUGAUGCCCAAAAGACCGUGCCAGAUGAAUCUUUAAAUGGGGUCCAAGGAGAUAAACCGGGUCCUGAUGAGUCAGGUUCGGAUGGCGCUGAUGGUUCAAGGUCGAGGCCUAUGUCACCUGGAACUCUAGCCUUAAUGUGUGAUGAACACGACAAUGUGUUUACCAAUUCUGCUUCAAAUGGAUCAAAAGACCAUGGUGCGGACAUAGAUGGUCAUUUACCGAAUGGGAAAGUAAUAACUGAAGCUUAUGCUGAGCAGGAGAAGACUGUCUUGACAACAUUCCGGGAUUGUCUUAACAAACUCAUUACUUUAGGAGAAUUAAAAGAAACACAAUGUUCUUCGAUGGCAAGAAGUGAUUCUGGAAGUCAAAGUCAGGUGGAAGCAGUCAGAAGUCCUACAAAUGCUCGAUGGAAUCCUUUCAUCAACGGUUUCCUAAGGUCAGGGUCAGGUGGUGAACCCACAACACAACCGACCCAAAACAACGAUAACAACACACAUUCAAGAAUUCCAUUUCAUGCUGAAAACCAAGAUUUGAAACUAAAACCUGAGAAAGAUGUGUCAUAAGAAUCACAUCAUUGUAUUACUAGGCCUCCUUUUAUAUAACUAAUCAAUUACUCUAUUGAUUUACCAGUUCUUGAUUAAAGUUUUAGUGUUUUAAGUAGUUGUUCUUACUUCCUAAUGCUAUAACUAACAGUCCUCUUUUAGCUUCUUAUUAUUGGGGUUAAAUUUGAUAUUGUCAAUAAAAUGGUUGACCGAGAACCUUUUAUUUUA